CCAGGUCUCUCAACUGCUUCUUUCCUCUUACGGCUAAACAUCUUUACUGUGUUAUGAUCCCUCAAAAACAAAAAACGAAGGCUCUAUUCAAAUCCCCUGUACUCCAAAUUCCAAAACGACAAAAUCCUUUCUCUCUCUCUAAAACCUUCUAUGUUAUUUGCUACAGAGCAACAAUCAUCUCCCAUACUCUGUCUCGUCUUGACACCAUGAUUGAAGAGAAAGAAAUGGUCAUGGUUUCACCAACUGGUGGAGACCCAUUUUGCAAAAAUGCCUAUUUUCUCAAACCCAUUCUCCCUAAUUCCUCCAUUUAUGAACCUCCUUUCAAUCUCCCUCACUUUCUUUCCUCCCUCGCACCCCGUUUUGACCCAAAAAAGUUGAACCUUCAAUUCCGUGGAUGGCGUUACGACCACCAAGAUUUGCAGAGUUGGUUUCUCCACUUGGCUUCUAAGCACCAAUCUACAUGGAAGAAAGCUGGUAUCUUUGAAGCCAUCUUCAAUUCCACGUACCAAAUCAAAAGGAAAAAGGAUUUGGUUUGUGGGUUUGCAGAGAAAUGGUGUUGUGAGACCAACACCUUCAUCUUUCCAUGGGGUGAAGCAACUAUCACAUUGGAGGAUGUUAUGGUUUUGGGAGGCUUUUCUGUUUUGGGAUACUCCAUUUUAAGUCCUAUUGAAAGCAGAGAACUGAAAGAAAUAGAAGACAAACUUGAGGAAGAGCGAAUUGGACUUUACAAUCGCGAGGGUGGGGUUAGAGUUGUUUACACACAACUAUGGAUGAAGAAGUUCAUGAAGAGUGGAAGUGAAUUAGAGCACGAAGCAUUCCUUGUGUUCUGGCUGUCCAGGUAUGUUUUCCAUAAUUCUCACAAUGCAGUCAAUAAGGCUGUUUUCUCCAUUGCAAUUCGUCUAGCUAGGGGGAUUAGAGUUGCGCUUGCACCAGCUAUUCUUUCUCACAUUUAUAGAGAUUUGAGUCUGCUCAAAAGGACAAUUGUAUCUUCAAAUGAAUUAAAUGUCAAGAAUGCUUUUGUACUGGAACUCAUAAUCAAGUCACAGUUUCAAUUAGUUCAGAUUUGGGCUUGGGAACGAUUUCUGGAACUUAGGCCAAAGCCCAAAGUUAUAUGCUAUGGUGAGCCGAGAUUGGCUCGAUGGGAUAAAGUAGACUGUCUGAAUGUUGGAGAUAUGAGGAGGGUUUUAGACUCAGCAGGUGAAGGUUUCAUGUGGCGCCCUUAUGCCAUGGUCAUUAAGAACUGGAAUUUUCCUAAAUACUAUGUUGAAAAGGAAGAGUGGGUGUUGGUUGGUGCAGGCUUGGAUGAUGAACUAUUGUCAUUUGCCAUGUGCUUGAGGGUGGCUGAGUUAGUUGGAUUUGAUACUAUACAGCAGUACCUUCCACAUAGAGUAGCUAGGCAAUUUGGAUUUGAUCAAGACCUUCCGUGUUCUGUUUCUGGACACAGCCAAAAUUAUGACAACACGAAAUUGUAUAUUCCAUCCAGGCUUUCUGAGGCAGAUGUUAGCAUUAGAUACUUAAAUUGGUGGAAGGAAUCUGUGUCAGGCCUCAAACAGAGACAUAUUCCAUUGAAAAAGAAAGUUAAGAGAGCUGUAGACUUGAUAUAUGAUGCUUCCAGUCCUUGUAUUUGUUCUCCAAAGAAUUCAGAAGAACUUGUGCAGGUUUCUGCAGGACGGAAUGAAGGUGAAUAUUCUUUUUGUCCUCCAGGAUUUUCUCUCAAAAGGAAUAGAAUGGAAGCUGGAGAUCCUAUAGACGAAGAUGAUCUAACUAUAUCAGAGGCUUUGAAACUUAAGAAGAAGCUUAAAAUUGUUGAAACUGGAAAAUAUACUGACAGUGCGAAGUUGUCAAGUCCCAAUCAAAUUUGUGCAUCUUCAUCUGCAGAUGAAAGUUAUAUGAAUAUUAUGAAGUCAAAAAUACUGGAAAAAGAAGUUGUGUUGAGUAGUGAAGUGGUGACUUGGGGAAGUAAAGGUCAUUGGAAACUGGACAAGGUAAUCAUGAGUCAGGAAGGAAGUCUAAGUAAUGACAUGGUGAGCAUCGUUGGCAAUAAAUGUCCUAGCAGCACCUCUUUAUCUGGUAAACCGGAAUGUGGUAGCAGCAUGUCUUUAUGUAAGAAACGGGAAUGUGCUAGCAGCAGUUCAUUAUUUGUGAAACAAGAAUGUACUAGCAGCGGCUCUUUAUUUGUAAAACUGGAAUGUGCUAGCAUCAGCCCUUCAAUUGCAGAUGAAGGUACUUUUGUUAAUACUAAGACGUCUGAAAGAUUGGAGGAAGAGGUUCCAUUCAUUAAAGCUUUGAUCUGGGGAGGUAAGGGUAAGAGGAAAAUGAAAAAUGUAAUGAGAAGUAAGGCAAGAAGCAGAUCCUUAUUCAAGAAACGGGAAGAUGGCAGCAGCAGCACUUCAUUUGAAAAACGAGUUUCAGAGCUUAAAGCUAAGGUUUACAGGCUGGAAAAGGUGGUUCAGGUGUUGAAAGAAAAUACUUUUGGGAAGAGUUGACUCAUUGAAAGUUAAAUCAAAUGGUGCUUUCUCUGAGUUAGGAGUCUAAACUCUCUUGAAUUUGGCAGUCUAAACCCUGUAUUUCAGAGUCUUCGAGAUAAAAGUUGAGACAAUUUUUGUUGUCUGUAAAAGAGAAAUAAGACGGUAUGAGGAGAUCCUAAUGUUUCGUUUGUUACUUCUAGCUUGGAUUAAAAAGCUAAUGGGACACCAUGUUAGCAGUUUACAUAUGCAAUUAGUGUGUUCACCCGCUGCAUAGGUAAAUCUAUAUGUGUGAUGCACUAAUCACUAAUGGUUAUUUAAUCUAGGUUUCCAAGAGGCACUAAAAUGUUGUAACUGCUAAGUAUGACAAUAGAAAGACAUAUCCAUCAAAUUGAUCACGGGACAACCGCAUCUACAGAACAAGAAGAAGAAUCAGCAAAGGAACAAGAAGAAGAAGGAGAAGAUGAAGAAGAAGAGAAUGAACAAGAAGAGGAUGAAGACGAGGAAGAAGAAUUUGACGUUUGUGAUGUUUGCUUGAAGGACAAGGAACACUGGACAUUUGAUUGCCCGUACCUGGAUCGCAUCCCGAACCCAAAGACGACAACUGUUGGCAGUGACUAUGCAAUAGUUUGUAGAGGAUGUCAUGCGUUGGGUGGCCAUUCUGAUAGGGGCUGGGUAGGACGUGCCAUUAUGAAGUCUUAUAGCAUUUGUGAGGUACCAGCUUCUCACUGGAGUUACGAAUGCCCAAAAAACCCUGACCCAGAAGGUAUGACAAUUCGAAUAACCGUAAGGUGUUGAAGCAAGAGGUAUAUAGUGUCGCAUGUGUACUCCUUUUCAUUGGUCAGCUCUACGAUAAACUAUGUUAUCCCUUGCAUAAGGACUUUAUCCGGUGUUUCAGAACACAGUACUAUUGUGUCCCCUGUUAUGAAAACGCCUAUCUAGACAUUGUUAUUGUACCAGAUUGUUAUUUGCGUCUUGCCAACUGUAUUCUCUUCUACUGCUGCUUUUAUUG